AUGGACUUGUCCGAGGUCGUCCAAUUCAUCCUCAUUCUCUUCCCCGUUUUCUUUUUCUCACUUCUCUUGAUUCCAAACAUCUUGACUUUCUUACUCUACUUGGACAGGGCCAGGUUCAACAUCCGUACAGAAAGCGAAGUUCUGAUAUCGAUCGUCGGGAGUGGGCGAACAACCCGCAGCAUUGAUCUUGUGCUUGACCUACAAUUUAGGGAAUUGGCUAUCGCUGAGCAUUCGCACGAUGACCAUGAUCUUGCGGUAGCCUUGCAGUUGAAGCUUGACGAAGACCAUACCUGCGUAUCUGGUCCGGCAAAGGAUGAGCAAGCUGCGCCCCCUGCAAACUGCACUUGUCUACGUUGUACAGAUGAGAUUCCUCAUCAACAAAGUUUCAAGGCCCCAUGCACUCAUGACUUCUGUUUUGACUGUCUAGCUGACUUUUUCGAGGCGACGAUUGACGAUGAAGCACUUUACCCACCUAGAUGUUGUGGACAGGAGAUACCCUUCGAGAGCGUGCAAGGACUUCUUAACGACAGGCUCCAAAUAAGGUACAGAGAGAAGAAGAUGGAAUACGACACCGAGCCUAACAACAGAACCUACUGCCAUAACACUACGUGUGGAAGUUUCAUCUACGCAGAUCUCAUCGAGGACGAGGCAGGACUUUGUCUCGAUUGUGGUAGAACCACCUGCACAAUGUGCAAAAGAGCAACACACUACGGUGACUGUCCUAGCGAUGAGGGUACACAAAGGUUGCUCGAGCUAGCCGAAAACAGGGGCUGGCAACGCUGCUACAAUGCAAAAUGUCAUCGCGUGGUCGAGCUCUCAUCUGGUUGCAACCAUAUAACAUGUGUUUGUGGUGCACAAUUCUGCUAUAUUUGUGGUUCUCGUUGGAGAACUUGCACGUGUCCUCAAUAUACUCAUCCGUCUGUUGCAGGUGACGUUAGAGGCCAACCUGCUGCGGUUCACAGAUUUUAUCGACCCACUUGA